AUGGUCAAGAACCCGAAGCUUGCCUACGAGGCGAAAGAGCCCGCAUUUCUCCAGAAGCUUCGAGGCCACUACGGCGAUACUUCCGGUCGCCUCGAGCGACCCGCUGCGCGCCCUCGAAGACUCAAGGACAAGAACGAGGAAGACGACGAUGCGCCAGUAUACGUCGACGAAGAGAGCAACGAGGUGAUCUCAAAGGCAGAAUAUGAAGCUCUUGUCGGUGGAGGAACAGACCAAAAGGAUGACAAUGCCUCUACUAAGGACCAACCCACGGAAAAAGGACCGGACGAUGCGCAAUCCCAGACCGAGACCCCGGCAGCCAAACAGAGCAACUUGACAGAAGUUGGUGGUCCGAGAAAGCGGAAGCAAGUCAAGGUCGUGGGCGAGGACGAAUCUGAGGAGAAGCCUGAAGACAAGCAAGAGGCCGACAAGACAUGGCCUAAAGCACCAGGACCUCGGAAGUCCAAAAAGGCCAAGAAGAUCAAGUUAUCCUUUGACGAAGAGUAA